UCCACCUUCGACAGCCUGAACGAAACAGAGAGUGUGGUCACCGCCAGUCCCUUGCACUUAGCUGCCUACAACGGUCAGUCUGAAGCGCUCAAGGUGCUGGUGGGAACCCUGGUGAACCUGGACGUGAGGGAUCGAACUGGGCGUACCCCACUUUACAUAGCGGCACAGCGGGGGCACGCGGACUGUGUGGACGUCCUGAUCAGGCACGGAGCAUCCAUCCUGCUCAAGGAGCAGCUAACCAAAGGAACAUCGCUUCACGUCGCAGCUGCGAAUGGCCGCACUGACUGCUUGCACUUGAUGAUCGACAGCGUGACGGAUGCAGAGGUCCUCAAUGCAGUGGACGCCCAAGGCCAGACACCCCUGAUGCUGGCCCUGACGAAUGGUCACCUGGACUGUACCCAGCUGCUGCUGGAGAAGGGCGCCCCAGUCGACACAGCCGAUAACAGAGGGCGGACGGCACUGCAUCGAGGGGCCGUGCUGGGCUGUGACGACAGUGUGGCGGCUCUCCUCCAUCACCGGGCGUUGGUUCUGUGCCGCGACGUGGAAGGCCAGACGCCCCUGCACUUGGCAGCAGCCUGUGGGCACGUGGGAAUCCUGGGCACCUUGCUGCAGGCAGCGCCCUCUGUCGAUCUGGGGGAUCCGCUCCAGGAUUACUGCGGCUACACCCCCUUACACUGGGCUUCUUACAAAGGUCAUGAAGACUGUUUGGAAUUACUACUUGAACACAAAUCACUUAACCUCGAGGGCGAUUCUUUCAGUCCGUUGCACUGUGCUGUAAUCAAUGGUCACGAUGGAGCAGCAGAAAUAUUGAUCGACAUUCUGGGUGCCAAGAUUGUCAAUAACAAUGAUGCCAAAGGAAGAACCCCGCUGCAUGCCGCUGCUUUCUCGAACCAGGUGCAGUGCCUGCAGCUGCUGCUGAGGCACCAUGCGCAAGUCAACGCCAUGGACCGGACAGGACGCACACCGCUCAUGAUGGCAGCUGAGCACGGGCACAGCAAGAUCGUAGAGGUGCUGCUGCACAGAGCAAGUGCCGACCUGACACUGCAUGAUGCCAACAAGAACACAGCUCUGCACCUGGCCUGCAGCAAGGGCCAUGAAAUGUCUGCCUUGUUGAUCCUUGGGGAGAUUUGUGACCCCGGCCUUAUUAAUGCCACAAAUGGCGCCCUGCAAAUGCCUCUUCAUAUCGCAGCUCGCAACGGACUAGCCUCAGUUGUGCAAGUGCUCCUGAACAGAGGAGCAACUGUUCUGGCCGUGGAUGAGGAAGGUCACACGCCCGCCCUGGCCUGUGCCCCCAACAAGGACGUCGCGGACUGCCUGGCCCUCAUCCUGGCCACCAUGAAGCUUUUCCCAGCUAAGGACGGUGUCAGCUCGUUCAGCCUGAACCUCAUCAAGAACUGCAGCAUCCUGGCCAAGGCUGUGAGCUGUGAGCCUGUGUCCAGCUUUGGAGCUGCCACCCUGGGCCUGGACGGCUGUUACCACAAGUAGUGGGACGUGGGGAGAGAGAGAAGGGGACAAGCGCUGAGAGACGGGGCAGUAAGGCGGACAAAUCCAUCCCCAUAAACUUGGGGGAAGGGGGAGAAAAACAUGCCUCGCUGAAGGAGAGCAACACCAUGGGGGAGACCUGGCAUUAGCAGGAGCUUUAGUGUAGCAUUGUCGGUGUUUUCAGUCUUAAUGUUGCAGAGUUUACACAACAGGCUCCUGCUUCAGCUUGCAAAGCCUCAGCCAUAUAAUGUUUAAUAGCAGGCUCCACUUACCAUUUUAGUUUUUAUAUUUUAAAGAAAGGUAAAACGAGUAGAUUAGUGUGAUGAUUCUGACGUUCUGGGGGAAUAACCCUAUAAUUUUCUGUGUGUAUAUAUAACGUGUAUGUAUAUUUAAGAGUGAGGUAUACCAGUCGGUGUGUAUUAAACUGAAAACUGCGUCAGUACUGACACCAAAGACAAACUAGUAUACACUCGGGGUCUCUCCAUCACUACCUCUCCCUGCACCCUGCGCCCCGUUCUCGCUCGCGCUGUCUUUCUCUGCGCCUGCCUCUCUUUCUCUGCGCAUGCCCCUCUCUCUCUGCGCAUGCCCCUCUCUCUGCGCCUGUUUCU